AGAAUUGGUAUAUAUAUUGCGUAUGAAUGGUAGCUGGGAAUAUGAAUGCGAUAUGCAUCGAUUGGCUUUGCAGGAAUCUUGUUUGAGUAGUAAAUGAUAAAGUUUAUGAAGAGGAACGUAUAGUGUUGGAGACAGUAGAAAAUUGAAGGGAAUCACAUAAUAAGCAAAAAUGGAGAAGGGAGAGAGGAGCAAAUGCAGCAACAACAGAUGGUCUCUUGCCGGGAUGACGGCGCUCGUCACCGGCGGUUCUAAAGGAAUCGGGCAUGCUAUAGUAGAAGAGUUAGCGGAACUGGGAGCAGCUGUGCACACCUGUUCAAGGAAUGAAGAGGAGCUCAACAAAUGCUUGGAAAAAUGGAGAGAGAUGAAGUUUAAUGUCACAGGAUCGGUUUGCGAUGUCUCUUCCCGAUCUCAAAGAGAGGAAUUGAUGGAAAGAGUCAAUUCCAACUUCAAAGGGAAGCUCAAUAUUCUCAUAAAUAAUGCGGGAACGGGCUUCCCAAAAGCUGCAGUGGAUGUUAGUGCCGAUCAAUACUCAUACCUGAUGGCUACUAAUCUGGAAUCUGCUUUCCAUUUGAGCCAACUUGCACAUCCACUUCUCAAGGCCUCUGGACGAGCAAGUAUUGUGUUCAUCUCAUCAAUUGCAGGACUAGUAGCCAUAACCAACAUUUCUAUUUACUCCGCAACUAAAGGAGCAUUGAAUCAACUCGCAAAGAAUUUGGCUUGUGAGUGGGCAAAGGACAACAUUCGAGCGAAUUCCAUUGCACCAGGAGCUAUUAGCACCCCACUCAUGAAACCUGUACUCGACAUCGCGGCGGCGAAAGCGAGAGAAGUGUCCCGAAUCCCCAUGGGGCGAAUUGGGGAGGCCGAGGAGGUUUCGUCCCUUGCGGCCUUCCUCUGCAUGCCCGCGGCAUCGUACAUCACCGGCCAAGUCAUUUGCAUCGACGGUGGUCGGGCGGUUUUCGAUUCCUAAGGGAGAUGGCUUUGCAAUGCAAAUAAUAUUGUUAGCAGUAUGUCUUUCUCUACAAUUCCUUUUCUUUUUUUGGUCCAUUUUAUUUUCUUUGUUCAGAUGGAUCUUUCUGCUUUGGUAGGUGUUUCUAUGUUUUUAUUUCAAUCUCCAGUAGACGAAGUCCAAUUUCCAGAUUGGUUAGAGUUUGAGCUUUCCACUUGUUUGGUCAAGUUUGAGGUGGUGUGUAUUUGAAUAAUUGUUAAUUAGCGAAUGGAGUGGUAAUCUUUGGAGCAUCAAAUCCAUAUAA